AUGGAAAUCGUUUGCAUUCUUACCCAUCUACUUUUAUAUCUCCUUGCACUUGCACAGGCGGUUGGGUCGUUCAAUAUUCCUGGCAGUGAACUGUACGUGAAUGGAACUCGCAAUGAAGUUGGGCUCAAUGAAUCUCUGGUAUCUGACAAUGGCAAGUUUAAGGUUGCUUUUUGGAAUCGUAAAGGAUCGUUGGACCAUUAUUUGACAAUAUUGUUUAACUUCAAUGUUAUGGACACCGACACCAUAACGUGGGCUUUGCCGAAUGCAUGCCAUAAACGAUCCUGCAAGUUGAUACUCCAUCGUAAAAGAGGGUUGGUCCUUCAUGGAAGCAACUGGACCAGCGGAGCCAACGGAAAGCGUGCACAUGUGGCUAGAAUCACAGACGAUGGCAAUUUAAUUGUUCUUGACAGAAAUAGAGAUCACCUUUGGGAGUCCUUUGAUCAUUCUACACAUACUCUUCUUGCAGGACAAAAGAUGAAAGUAAACCAAAGCCUCUAUGGAUGGUAUACACCAGACUAUAAUACGAGUUUCAUGAAUCUUCGGAUGGACAGAGACCUUGGCAUUGGUAUGUAUUACACUACUACACAUAUUUAUAAUCCUUUGAGUUAUGUUUACUUUUCAAUCAAAACAUCUAUGUGUGACGAAUGCUUGUACGCCCAACUCGAUCAUGGUGGAAGGUUCAAUCUUGUUCUCGAUGGUCCUCAACCUCGGAUUCUUGCUUACUGGAACUCCCUUUAUUAUGCGAAUACAUCUUUUGUCCAUAUGGUGUCUUUGGACAAUAUGGGGAUUCCUGGUAUGUACAGCUGGGAUGGGAACAGCUGGCGCUCGUCUUGGGAUAACACCUUUACUCUUUAUCUCCAAGACUAUGUGGAUCCACCCUUGCCAGAUCCUCUCAAGCAAAGAAGAAAACCCAAAUGGGCUGACUUCUUAUUAAUCUUGUUUCCUGUAGGAAUUAUUAUACUGGGUGUUGGGUUGUUGAAGAUAUUUAAAAAGCAAGGGAAGUCCAUGUCCUCGCCCUUUUCUGAAUAUGCUAGUGAUCCUACAAGGUUCAGCUACAGGGCUCUGAAAAGAGCAACUGGAAACUUCUCGGAAAAGCUCGGUGCAGGCGGUUCUGGUUGUGUUUAUAAAGGAAAGCUGAGAAACAAUACUCUUGUGGCUGUGAAGAUGCUGGAUAGAUCAAAGAAGGGUGAAAAGGAGUUUGAAGCAGAGGUGAUGACGAUUGGUUCUAUUCACCACGUAAACCUUGUAAGCCUCAUUGGCUUCUGCAGCGAGGGAAACCAUCGAAGACUGUUAGUAUAUGAGUACAUGGAAAAUGGGUCUCUAGACAAGAACCUCUUCAGCACUACAUCUGUCCUUCCAUGGCCUCUACGCUUCAACAUUGCUCUUGGCAUCGCAAGAGGAAUGAAUUACUGUCAUGACUAUUGUCGAUCGCGUAUUGUGCACUGUGAUUUGAAGCCCCAGAAUGUCCUUCUCGAUGCCCACUUGCUUCCCAAAAUAUCAGACUUUGGGCUGGCGAAGCUCAUGUCGAGGGAACAAAGCUGCACUCUCACAGUUUUAAGAGGAACGAGGGGCUAUCUAGCACCAGAAUGGAUUGUUGAUGUUCCCAUCACUGUGAAAGCAGAUGUGUAUAGUUAUGGCCAAAUGUUGUUGGAGCUCGUCAGUGGAAGAAAAAACUUCAUUCCCACUGCAAGCCCCGGAAAGCAAUAUUAUCCUUCCUGGUCCUUGAAGGAGAUGCUGCAGGGAAAUAUUGAGAGUGUGUCAGAUCCUAGGUUUGGCGGUAAGGUUGAUCUUGAUCAAGUGGAAUUGCUGGUGAAGGUGGCAUUUCGGUGCAUUGAAGGAAAUAGUUUCUCUAGACCUUCCAUGGAAGAAGUGGUACAAAUGAUAGAAGGGUCCAUGAAUGUAUCGAUGCCCUCAAAUGUCAAGGUAAAUCUUUUAUCAGAGAGCGAUGAUUCUGAGUGA